CUAGUUGAUGUUUAGAGAACCGGGAGCAGCGGUGGUGAAGCGGACAGUGUCGCAUCUCAGUGCGCGUCCGGAUCUCAAUCAAGUUCUUCUGUCUUGGGAAAAAUGUCCGGACCAGCGGCUGCGUUUCACAGCGCCUUAUUUUUUAUUUUGUCCGUGAGAAAGGCUUUCAUCUGAGAUAUCCCUGGGUUUAUAUUUCGCUAGUGUGCUGUCAUUUUUAGGCGAAUUCCCGAGCGGAAUGCUGCUUUCUAAAUUGGGAUCCUUGUCUCAUAUUGCGUCCAGCGUGGAUCUGCCGGCUAAGCUGCAGCAAGCUAAAGCGGAGAAGCAGACGUUUGAGAAGCUGUACCGGUUGGGUUCUGUGCUCGGCAGUGGAGGGUUCGGCACCGUGUACUCGGCAGUCCGCCUGGCCGACGGGCUACCGGUGGCGGUGAAAUACGUGAGCAGAGAAAGAGUGACUGAAUGGGGCUCUCUGUGUGGCGUGGUGGUUCCUCUGGAGAUUGUGUUGUUGACGAAGGUGGGCGGGACGUUUGGUGGCGUGGUGCGACUCUUGGAUUGGUGGGAACGGACGGACGGGUGGUUAUUGGUGAUGGAGCGCCCUGAGCCAGUGCAGGACCUGUUCGACUACAUCACGGAGCACGGCGCGCUGGAUGAAGCGGUGGCACGGGGCUUCUUCUUUCAGGUGCUGGAGGCGGUGCGUCACUGCUACACCUGCGGAGUUGUCCACCGGGACAUCAAAGACGAAAACCUGCUGGUGGACAUAAGGACUGGACAGAUCAAACUUAUCGACUUUGGCUCGGGGGCCCUCCUAAAAGAGACGGCCUACACUGAGUUUGAUGGGACCCGGGUUUACAGCCCUCCAGAGUGGAUCCGCUUCCAUAGAUACCACGGGCAAUCUGCCACCGUCUGGUCGCUUGGUGUUCUGCUGUACGACAUGGUUUGCGGGGACAUCCCCUUUGAACAGGAUGAGGAAAUCUUGAGGGGGCAGGUCUACUUCAGACGCAAAAUCUCCACAGAGUGCCAGCAGCUGAUUGAGUGGUGUCUGAGCCAGCAGCCUCCUGAACGACCAACCCUGGAGCAGAUCCUCCUCCAUCCCUGGGUGACGGAGAGCGGACAACACGCAGAUGACGGCAGCAUCACGCUUCAUUCAGUUACAGCCGGCUCAUCUUCCUCAAACCAGCAGAGCCUCUGAUUGGUUUGGGGAGCUUGGUUUGAAUUUAAUUGACAGUUGCCACUAGCAACUACGUUCCACACAGGCACACAUCGCCAGACUGCAAAUGUCUCAAUGAAUCAGCUGGUGCAUAUGCUGGACGCCUACCAUGACGAGAGGGUUGUUGAAGAAUCGGAUGAACAUGCCGCAGGCCAGGCUGCGUUCAACCAUCAGCUGGUUGCUGUUCUAGUCUUCGUCUGGCAUCUUGAUCUUGUGGGUGAUUAGUAGAUUUGCCAGAAAGCUGUGUGGGUGGAAGACACAGUCUAUUACGCCUGCCAUGUUUAUAUAGCAGUUUAACUUCAAGAAAAGGGGUCCAGAGCUGUUACUGUUAUCUUCUUCUGAUUUUGAGAAGAGUCGAGCAGUUCGACUUGAACAGUAAGAUGGUCACUACGAUCCAUCAAAGCUGCACAACAGUAUGUGACGGAAAUGGACAAAUGUUUAUUUUUUAAUCAUUAUCAUUAUUAUUAUUUGGAAGCGACCACACAGCUUAUAGGAGCUUAAAGGUCUAAAUGUGAACUUCCCAACAUCUGGCUGGCACUGAGGCUCCUCCCCGUGUAGCUGGAUGUGUCAAAACUGGUCUUAAUAGUACUGCAGCACCUUUUUUUUUCUUUGCAUCUGAUAGGUAGCAGAACACGUUCACUGUAGUUAUAAAAACUUAAUCGGUUGAAGCUUCCAUUAUUAUUUUUUGUCCUUGCUGUGCAUGCAUUGCAGGAUGCUAACAGUCAAAUGUCUGCUCUGUCUGAACAGCUAAAAAUCUGUUCCAGUGACAGAAACGGAGAAAAGCAGCGGGGUUUCAUAAAGGCCGGUUAUAGUAGCACUGACAACACUUACCUGCAGACAUUGGGGAAUAUUUGAGCCAAAGUUAACAACACACACACCUCCGUAAAGCUGCGACUGCUUCAGGACUCCAGAGAUGUGACGUUUUUGAUACUCAUCAAUGGAAAUAUUCUGUUCCUGUUAACUCUAGUUGAAGCACAUCAGGUUGGUGGAUGCGUUUUUCAUUUUCAAGCAGAGCUGGUUUUUGUUUGAAAGCAUGGAUACUGUUUUUCAUGUUUUAUUGACGCUGCAUUAAAAUAUUUAGUUUUUUGAGAAAACACAGUUUUGUUUUUUUUUCCUCCCAGAAACCUGAGGUCCCACUAACAGUCCUGUUUGUAUCUCUUAGUUUGUCUCAGGAAAUGCCUGCAAUCAGCAGUCAGGGUGGAAAAUGCAGUCAAUGCAAAUAUUCUGUUUUCUAUUUGAAUAUAUGUAUUUGUUUUUUGGGUCUUUAUAUAUUGUAUUUCCCAAAUGUAUUAAGUUCCUACAUUCCUUAUUUUGUGGUUAUUUAAGUUAACUUUUCUCAGUUUUUCUUACUGCUUUAUCCUUACUGAGAUUUCAAUUUCCUUUCAUUUGUUAUACGUUCUGUUUAUAAAUGUGAAAAUAUG